AUGCCUUCGGCGGCAGCAGCAGCAAUACCAAUACCAAACUCCCCUAUAUUCUCACCAUCAGCCAUGGUUUCUCCAUUGUUGUGCAAACCCUCCAAUUCUUCUCCUCUAACCCUAAACCUCCACCAUGGAUCAUCAUCACCAUCGUCAACGCCAUCAAAUUCAUCAUCGUCUCCGGCGUGUCUGUUAUCACCUCUAACGCUACCGCUGCACAGCCCGCUGAAUGAUGGUCUGGUUUCUUUUUCUUCUUCUACUUCGCCGACUCUUUUGAACAGGAAGAGGCCAGCGAGGAUCAACAUUCCAACGCCUUCGUUGAAUUUUCCGGCGGCUGUGGUGGAUGGGUUGUUGAAUGAGGUGGAGUUUCAGGGUGAUGGUUAUUUUGUCUAUUGUAAGAGAGGGAAAAGGGCUGCCAUGGAGGAUCGCUAUUCGGCCCUUGUUAAUCUUCUUGGAGAUUCUAAACAG